CUGUGCAUUAUUUCCAGCUUGUGAACACAGUCAACCAACUGCAUUCCACUUUUACUCCCAUUCGCGAUUGCGACAAAAAAAGCAAGAAAACGUAAAUACGGAGUAUUAGAAAAAAAAAAUUAAAAUAUUUUUUACGAAAUGUCAGGUUUAAUCGACAAAAGAAAAAGAAGUCGUGAAGAUGACAUCUGUGAUUCAACACCACUCUCAAAACGUAUCAAUCAGCUGCAUUUGACAAAUUUGGAUGAGCCCCAGCAGGCAAUUCAGCAAUUGCAUUUUAAUGACCCCACCAAACAAGUUGAUUUAUCGCAACUAUACAACAACAACAAUCACAUCAAUAACAGUGCUUUGAAUAUGCAUUUGCAUAAUAAGCAACCACAUACAGUAGACGAACAGCAGCAACAACAACAACAAAUGCAUUUGCAGCAUCCUUAUGCACCCGAGCUGAACGAAGCUGAGAAUCCAUUCUAUUAUAUUAAAAAUAAGUUAUUAUAUGAAUUGCACUAUGAACGUUUGAAAAGGUGUGUUGUAUAGAGCAUGACAAAAUGUGGAAGCGCAAAUUAGUUUAAUAAUUGGAAAGAGGAGUGUGCAAGAGAACAAAGCAAAUUGUACCAGUAAACAAAAGCAAGCUUAUCAUAGCUAAAGCAACAGGCUUAUAGUUUAUAAUUUAGCGUAACAACUUAUAAAAUGUAAAAUGAUAUAUAUUAUAACUAAUUACGUAGCUGUUAAGUGAUUGUUUGGGUUCAUAAACGACUAUUUAAUUCAUGUGCAACACGUACAUACAUACAAAUGUAAAUUCAUACUCAAUACAGAAAAUGCAUGAAAGCAAUAUGUUGGAUAGUAUUUGAUAGCAGUUUAUUAUGUAGUCUUAUUUAAGCAGAUUGUAAACAUAAACUCUGUAAAAUAAUUUCAAUUAUGUUAAAAGCUAUAUUCAUAUUUGUUUGUGAACUUCGUGAAAUAAUAAAUUAGUUUUUGUUUGUGAACAACUGAAA